GGCUAGGGCCUUGGGGUGCAAACCGUUUGAUGGGACGGGGGAUAUCUCGGAAGCAGCCGAGUGGAUAAAAAGGUUAAAUGAUGCAGCCGAUGACAUGCAAGUGGUUCCUGAACGGAAGUUAAGGGUAGCCACUAGAUUGUUGGAAGGUUUAGCUUCUACUUGGUGGGAAGGCAUCAAGGGUAAGUUUGACGGGGUUGUCACGUGGGACAACUUCGAGCAAUCAUUCUAUGAACAGUUUUAUACCUCUUUCGAAGUUAAUCGAAAGAGGAGGGAAUAUACAAAUCUCAAACAGGGCAAUGAGUUUACGGUGAAGCAAUUGGAACAAAGGUUCCGACAUUUGGCAAGGUUCUUGCCUGAAUAUGCCGCCAAUGAGGAUCGAAUGGCGAACCAUUUUUGGAAUGCACUGAAUUUGGAGGUACGCGAAAGGGCGACCUAUCAAUUCAACAUGACUUUUAGUCAAGUAGUAGCCCAGGGUCUCCAGGGGGAGGAGCUUUGGGAGGAAAGGCAAGCAAGGGGUGCUAAGGAAGCACAAGAAAGGGAUCAGAUGAUCAAUCAUCCUCUGCGACGAGAGAGGAAGUAUGACUUUCAAAGCGAGGGGGACUCUAGCAAGUUAGUUCCAUUUUCAAAAGGGAGCAAGGACUGGGUAAGUCAAAGCUCAAGCACUCGGGGCACGGGAGCGCCCAAAUGUGAGAUUUGUAGGCGGAGGCACCACGGGAUAUGUCUAGAACCAUCUAGAUGCUACUUUUGUGGGGAAACGGGCCACAUAAAGGCUCUUUGUCCUCAACGUGUACGGGGAGGAGCCUUGGGGGCCCACAGGGGAGUCACGGAGGUUGCAAACCCAACAGGGAUUGCUUCAAAUGUUUUACCAUCCACCAAUCAGGGGAGAACUCGCUCGUGAAGGCGAUGAAUGACAGAAGCUAUUUGUGGGAAUGACAAUGACAUAAGGUUGAAGCUAGAGCUUACUUCCUGCACCCGUUGCUCGGGAGAUCGAUGGAGAGAAGACGUGGUGUCACACCGAUAAUCCAUGAAGUUGAAGCACCGUUUCCCGAGGCUCUAAGGGAAACACGAAGGGUGGAGAAAGAUAAGGACAUCUAUGAGACAUUCUCUAAAUAUGAGGU